ACUCUUUCUCUUGCAGUUUAACCCUAAACAUCCAUUCUUGUCGCCUUUUUAUACCCUUCAAUCUUCACCCUUCAUCAACUGCAGAGACGCCUAUUGUCACUUCUCUGUUUAUGCCAGUCUUUUACCUCGUUUUCUGUACGGGAAACCCAUCCUGAGUACCGUGUCCGUACCGUUGUUCUCCACCUCCCCUGUUUCCUCUGUUUCUCUUGAUUCAUCACCGUUUCUUGGUUUCUCCUCCUCAUCUUUGAUGCCCAGAUCGGGUUUUUUGGGUGGUGAAGAGUUUUGAAAAUCAAGCGGAAUUCUGAAGCUGAAUGGGGAUUGGUGGGACGCGGGCUGAAAUUAAAGGGAAAGAGUUUCAGGGUGCGAAUGCCUAAUUCGACUAACAGGAGAACUAAUUCGAAUUCCGUUAUUGCGAAUUCAAACAAAGGGAAGAAGAACCGUCGGCGCCAGAGGAAGAUGGAAGCUGUGGUUCAGAGGCUAUGCGAUACUUGCAACAUAGUAUUUGCCUCUUGUGGGACGGGAAUUGUCCCCUCCGAUGAUAAUAUCAAUUGGUUGCGAAGGGUUUUGGAUCAAGUUACACCGAAUGAUUUUGAUCUUACUCCAGAUAUGCCAUAUUUCCGUGCAUUGAGAACUGAGGGAACUCAGCCUAUAACGUACCUGCACCUUUAUAAUUGCGACAAGUUUUCGAUGGGGAUCUUUUGUCUUCCACGAUCUGGUGUCAUUCCUCUACACAAUCACCCUGGGAUGACAGUUUUCAGUAAGCUUCUCUUUGGGACAAUGCAUAUUAAAUCAUUGGACUGGGAGGGUGACGCUGCACGCAACACUUUGCCCGUUGCGAACGUUUCAGAGGGGCUGCGUCCUGAGGUCCGUUUGGCCAAGGUUAAGGUUGAUUCCGACUUCACUGCUCCUUGCCAAACCUCGAUCCUUUUUCCAGCUGAUGGAGGCAAUAUGCAUUGCUUCACAGCCGUGACAGCAUGUGCAGUGCUAGAUGUGCUUGGCCCUCCAUACGAUAGACAUGAACGGCACUGCACCUACUACCUGGAAUUCCCCUUCUCCACAUUCUCAGGUGAUGGUGUAUCAGUACCUGAAGAAGAAAAGGAUGGUUAUGCAUGGCUUCAGGAGAGGGAGGGGGAGCCCAAGGACUCGACUGUUGAAGUAAGAGUAUGGGCCAACAAUCGUUGGGAAUUGAUGUAGCCAUCUAAAUCUUGUAAUUAAUACUCCUUUUGGUGCAGAAACAGGAAAUUUUUUCUUAAUGUAUUUUUCCGUUCCUUUUUUUCCCCUAGUGGUACAUCACAUCAGCAAGGAGCAGGAUUUUGUGUUUUUCAUUUUCUAUGAUCCUACAGUUCUGUACAUAAAAAGGAGAAAUAGAAAAAAAUAGCAACUGUUGCAGUCUCAACGAGGAAUUAAUAAAAGUGGGUUCUUUCU